AUGACGAUUAAUAGGGGUAUUGUAGAUAAUAUGGAUGAAUUGCAUGAGAUUUUCAAGCACUUAGAUGCUGUAUCACUUGCGGUAGCCUCUUGUGUUAGUCGACGGUGGCACCAAGCGGCCAUGGAAGAUAAUCUGUGGGAAAUGGUGUGCACAAAACAUUGGCCUGCUUCGGGCAUUUCAAUAGUACGGUUGAGAUCGGUGGUAAAUGUGUUGGGAGGAUUCAGGCGUCUCUAUGUUCAGUGGGUACAUCCUUUCCUCAGACACGCCAUUGCUUCUUCUCCUUGUAGUGAGACUGAUUUGAAGAAGGAUAAUGGCUUCUGGAGUGAGAAUCAAGUACAGCUUUCUAUGUCACUGUUUGCUAUUGAGUACUAUGGAAGACUUGGGUCUUAA